AUGUGGAACAAGGGCGUCUCUUCGUUGUCAUUGCUGCGAUCCUCUCUCUUUCGUGCUCAGAGCACAGCAAAACCCCGGACGAUACCCGUACAAAGCACCAUGUUGCCUCGCGGCACCUUUGAGGGCAAAGUAGCUCUAGUCACUGGUGGCGGCACGGGCUUGGGCAAGGGCAUCGCAACCAAAUUAUCGGAUCUUGGCGCCACCGUUGCCAUCAUGAGCCGAAAGCGCGUUGUCGUGGAUAUGGAAGCCAAGAAAAUCCAGGAGCUCACAGGUAAUAAGGUGAUUCCUCUCAUAGGAGACGUACGUGACAUUGAUCAGGUAAAAAAGGCGCUAGACGAACUGGACAAGCAGGCGGGUAUACCUACGGUCGUGGUAAACAACGCAGCGGGGAAUUUCAUUUCACCCUUCGAGCGACUAAACGCCAAAGGAUUUAGCACAAUUGUGGACAUUGUACUGAAGGGAACGGCCAAUGUGACGCUGGAUGCGGGCAAGCGCAUGAUCCAUCACGAGAAAGGAGGCGUGUUUCUUAACAUCACCACGACGUACGCCGAAACGGGCUCAGGCUACGUUGUGCCUUCUGCUGCAGCUAAAGCUGGUGUUAGCGCAAUGAUUAAGUCGCUGGCGGUGGAGUGGGGCAAGUACGGCAUCCGAUUUGUGGGUAUCGCUCCUGGUCCGAUCAAGACCAAGGGCGCUUUUGACCGUCUUGACCCGUCGGGAGCAUAUGAAGAGGUCAUGCUUCAGAACAACCCGCUGAAGCGCUUUGGUGAAGUGGAGGAGCUGGCCAAUUUAGCAACCUACGUGAUGAGCGACUACGCCAGCUGGCUCAAUGGCGAGAUUAUUCGCUUUGAUGGAGGAGAAACGGUCUCGAAUGCUGGCGAGUUUAACAUGUUUCGCUCUGUUAGUAAGGAAAAGUGGGACGAUUUUGAAGCCAUUAUUCGUGACUCCAAUACCAAAAGCAAGAAGUAA